AUACCUUGUCUAUCUUGGUCUGUCUUUCUCGCACCAGAUUGAUCGAAACCGACGGCGGUGGCAUCAUUCGUCCGAGAUAAGGCUUAGGGUUAGGGUUGGGGGCUUGUUGCUUGGGUCGAUCGUAAGAAUCGCAGGGCGAAGGAGGAGCGGCGAGCCGGCGACUGACCGAUCGACCAUCAUGACGGGGAAGGCGAAGCCGAAGAAGCACACGGCGAAAGCGAUCGCCGGGAAGAUCGACGCGGCGACGACGAACCGGGGCGGGGGCAAGGCGGGGCAGUCGGACCGGUCGGGUCAGGACAAGGGCGGCCACGCGAAGCUCGAGUGCCCCCUGUGCAAGAUCACCGCCCCCGACAUCAAGUCCAUGCAGAUCCACCAUGACUCCCGCCACCCCAAGGUCCCCUUCGACGAGUCCAAGCUCGUCAAUCUCCACACCACCUGUGUCCCCGAAACCUCCAAGCCCCGCCCCGGCGUCCGCGGCAGCUUCAAGAAAUAGCACCACCCCCCCAAUUCCCUGCCAUCGUCGGUAUACUGCUUCUAAUUUGUUCCUCUAUUUGCCCUUACUUUGCCGCUGCUAGUUACCAUUAGUAUGACACCUAUCAUCAUCCGCUAGAUCAUCGACUCUUCCGGACUGUUCUUAUCCGUGUGCACUUAAAGGGAUCGGUCGUCAUGUGUUCCUAUGUUUGAUAUGGCAGUCGAAUAUAAUGUUUGUGUGGUGAAGAGAGGUUAGGACAUGUGAAUAAGUUGUGAUCAGUGGGAUGCUUAAACUAAUAAUGCCUGUGUUAUUCCUAUAUAUAUCACUCUUCUGAAGUCACUUUUAUGCC